AUGGCGCUUGUCGCCAGGUUGACCGCCCGGUUCAACCAGUACUACGAUGAACGCCCACUUCUUACUAUGAUGGUGACCAACGCCAUCCUUGGUGGAAUUGCCGAUACGACAGCCCAAACGAUUACGGCGUUCCGCCAGAAGGCGCUCAGGAAGCCUGGAGGCGUCGAUAAGGAUGACAGCGUCGCCAUCGAGAUCCACGAGCUCGACCGAAAGAACCCCUUCCUCGACAAGGACCUGAUCCCCGAGUCCAAGGUCCUUCCGCCGCCGUUUGACUUUGAGCGCCUCACCCGCUUUAUGGCCUACGGUUUCGCCAUGGCGCCUCUGCAGUUCCGGUGGUUCAAGUUCCUGUCUUCGACGUUCCCUAUUACCAAGACCAGCGCCUUUGUUCCCGCCAUGAAGAGAGUCGCAUUUGAUCAGCUCAUCUUUGCGCCGUUCGGUCUCGCCUGCUUCUUCUCCGUCAUGACUGUCGCCGAGGGCGGUGGCCGCCGUGCCGUUUACCAGAAGCUUCGCGACAUGUACGUCCCGACGCUCAAGGCCAACUUCGUGGUGUGGCCUGCCGUACAGAUCAUCAACUUCCGCCUCAUGCCGGUGCAGUUCCAGCUGCCCUUUGUUUCUACCAUUGGUAUCGCGUGGACGGCCUACCUGUCCCUGACCAACGCCUCCGAUGACGUCGACACCCGCCUCGCGGCCCGCGACGACGACCAUAUUCGCCUCAGCUAA